CGCCAGCUCGUGACAGCCAUGUCGGCGGUGUGUCUCAGGCUGCUCUUGCUCCUCCCCCUGGCUUGCUGCGUCCCCUCCCCCUCCAGACCUCCCUCCAGGCUCUGCAGGCGGUGCUGCGACCACCCGGAGACCCCCGCCGCCACGGCCCAAUAUCAGAUACCGGAGGUCCGCACCAUCAUCAACAUGACCAUCCUCAAAGGUGAUAAAGGAGACAGAGGGGACAAGGGUACACUUGGCAAGCCCGGUUUGGAGGGAGCGGUGGGCCACCGAGGACCCGUGGGCCCUAAAGGCACCAAAGGCCAGGCCGGCUCCCCUGGAGACGCCUGCAAGAUCCCUCACUCCUCCUUCUCGGUGGGCCGUCGCAAGUCGCUGCACAGCAUAGACUACUACCAGGCGCUGGUGUUCGACACGGUGUUCGUCAACCUCCAGGAGCACUUCAACAUGUUCAAGGGAAAGUUCUACUGCUACGUGCCGGGGAUCUACUUCUUCAACGUCAACAUCCACACCUGGAACUUCAAGGAGACCUACCUGCACCUGAUGCACAACGACAAGGAGCAGGUGAUCCUGUACGCCCAGCCCAGCGAGAGGUCCAUCAUGCAGAGCCAGAGCGUCAUGAUGGACCUGGCCCUGAACGACGAGGUCUGGGUCCGGCUCUACAAGAGGGAGAGGGAGAACGCCGUGUACAGCGACGACGUGGAUGUUUACAUCACCUUCAACGGAUACCUGCUGGCACCGAGCAUCCAGUGAGGAUGGCGGGAGGAGUGCUUCCUCUGUUUUGCCAAGAAAAGGAGAACAAAAGGAGGACGUUACAAGUUUGGUGCUUAUUAAAAAUCCCUUUUUGCAGCCUG